GUCAGUGUAUAGUGCCGUAGGGAGGCUUAGAGUGCCGUUGUGUAAAUGACUGUUUAAUAACAUAACCGAAUAAUUUUUCUUGUAAAUAUUUACGUCGAAAUGAGUGACUGUUAGAAGGAUAUAGUUUUUAAACAAGAGAAUAGUCCACAAUCUCCGUGAUUUUUCCGCUUAACGCCGCUGUUGAAUGUGUUUCAUACCAGAUAUAAACUUCCCGCUUUGAAGGCGCAGUAACUCAGGAAGAUGACACAGUAUUUGCUGUCAUUUACACUCAUCAGACUGGUGCUUCCGAUUUGUCUUUCAGCAUGUGUGUUGUUUCGCCAAAACUUGUUUUCUUUUCUUUACUUCCUCUUGUUUCUGUUCAGCCCAUGGGUGAAGGUUCCAACGUACAAUAGUAUGAAAGGUGCAACUGGAAUAUAUUUACAAGUAGUCAUAUUUUGCAGUGUAAUAACGUGUUUAGCACAUUUAGCCUUCCAACUUGUGCUUUUAUCAAUGCCCCCAUAUGGAUAUUUUCUGGAAAAUUGUGGCAUGCUGGAGAAGAUUCUUCGUCAUGUAGGAUUGGUGCGUCUGAAUGAUCUGAGUAUUAGUAAUGGAAUUCGUAUACUUGGACCAGAUAUUUUAAUGCUAUCAUGCUCGUUGUCAGUAUACAUAAUUUGUAAGAGAUUAAAUGCUCAAAGGCGAGACACAGUAGCACCAGAACAUGAACCUUCAAGCACUAUUAUCUUGCCAAAGGCAUCUCGAACAUUACGCAGAAAACGUUACAGAUUUUUUGUUAUUAUUGGAAAGUACAUUACUCUGCUCUCAUUAGGAAUUGCUGGUGUAAUACAACCAUCGGUACUCAAUGGAAUUUACUUCAUAACCUUUCUUGGUUCCAUGACAUGGUGGGCAUGUUACAGGGACUUGAGAAGAGCAUUUUCAGUUGUCCUUCACAUUAUUGUGUUAAUUGCAGCUGUACAUAUCACAGCAAUUUUUUGUAUGCAGCUGCAGUACAUACAGGAAAUAGUUACUGAUAAAUGCAAUGUUUGCAGGUACCUGGGACUAAAAUCACUUGUCUAUACAAAUUGCUUGGAUCCAGGUGAUACAUGGUACAUUGAUGCAGACUGGACAAAUUUUCUUAAUCCUGCUGUUCUGUUUUGGUUGUACUAUGUCCUGUCUCUUGAAGCCAGGCUUCUCUUUAUGCCACAUGAAGUUUCUCUAGAAAGCAAUGAAUACUCUGUCAUCAGUGGGAGCAGAACACAGAUCAGCCGUCCAGAGGUUGAAAUUGAAGAUGAUGAGAGUGUCGGCUUUAGAGAAAAUACUCCCUUGAUACGUGGUGUAAGUCCUACAGUGAAAUAUCACUCCACUGUUCACAAUGCUGAAGUUGUUGGUGCUUCAAAUAUGUUCCAAGAUCCUCAUGGUAGUGUAACAAUUACUGACGGCCGUGAAGAUGCUAUCCAGCUUCAGCCUAUAGGUGAGAAUGAGGGAGAGGAGCUGAGAAGCAGUGCCUUUGAAAUUAUUUUGGACUGCAUUACACUUACAAUUCAACUAAUCAACCGAUCUUCAUAUAUUGGUGCGAAUUUAAUAAUGAUGGCAUGGAGUAUUACACACCACAGUUGGCUUACAUUUGUUUUACUGUUAUGGGCAAGUUUACUGUGGAUGUUCCCAAAUCAGCGCAGAGCUAUGUUGCGCAGCUCCCCAUUCUUAGUUUUUUAUGCAGAGCUUCUGCUCAUAGCACAAUAUAUUUAUGGAAUGGAUUUAAAUGAUUCGGAGUUGCCUCAGGAAGUCAAAGGAGUUAAUCUGAAACAAAUUGGCUUCGAGAAACCGGAUGGGUUAGCUUGUGAACCACUAUUAAUAAAGAUUGCAUACACAAUUAUGUUCUGGAUAACACUAAGGCAGUAUAUGCAAGAAAAAUUUGAACAGCGAAGUACUUCAGCCUUGCACGACUUAGCAGCUCCUUUGCAAGUUACUGUCAACACUGCUACCUCAGGUUUUGGUAACCAGAAUGAAACUAAUAAAACAUAUGGAUGUUUAGAGCCAGUCUUCAAGUAUGUUAAAAUGAUUAUGGUGAAAUACUUCAUUUGGGUAGUGGCAAUCAUGCUGUUUGCCAUUGGAAUUACUGGAAAACGUAUGACACUGUUCCGGAUAAUAUACAUGGCACUAUUUCUAGUAUUUGUGUUAGUCUUUCAGCUGUCAUAUAGGAUGUGGAGGAGAAUGAUGUUUGGCUUUUGGUUGACAGUUAUUGUGUAUUCAAUGUCAAUUCUGAUAUUGGUAUAUACAUAUCAAUUUGAUAAUUUCUCAGAGUACUGGGCAAAGUACCUGCAUAUUCCUUUAACACUGCAGUUGGAUAUUGGGCUGGAAAGGUUUGAUACAACACAACUGUUCACACGUCUUCUUACACCAACAGCAUUUCUGGUUAUGACAGUUAUACAGCUCCAUUAUUUUCAUAAAGAAUUUUUGGAAAUAUCUGACAUUAGAGCAAGGGCAGCUACACUUAAUUCGGCUCGAACUAGCCGAUCUGGAGAUGCUUCAGGAAGAGAUAUUUCACUUCGUGAAGAAGAUACUGAUGAAAGUUCAAGGCCAGAUGAUGCAAAUGUCAGAGGUACUUCUUUUUACAGGCUACAGCAGCUGGGAAUGAAGGGCAAGCAUUUGAUUGAAAAAGUGAGUGACUUUAUGUGGCUGUUCCUGGAGAUGCAUAUACUCAAGAUAUUACUGUUGUCCAUCAUGCUACUGGGUGCCUAUGAUGUCUGUGCUUUACACUUCAUCCUGGUACUAUUAGCAGUCAUCAGUUUAUCAUUUGGGACAAAAUUUCAGACUAUAGUGGCUCACAUAUGUUCUGUUGGUGUAUCUUGCCUGAUACUAGCAAAAAUGAUAUAUCAAAUAGAAUACAUAGAGCAUGAUCUGAAUGAUGUAAAUUGCACGGAUACAACACCAAGAAAUGGCACAGUACCUCCAGGAGAAGAAUCAAAUUUUACAGCAAAUGAUAUGGACUGGGUGGGUUUUCAUAAAAGUAGUGAAGACUUCAGCCUCCCAGAACUUUUAAAAGGUUACAUUGGUUUAAUAUUGGUUGCAACAUUUCGAGCUGUCAUAAACAUCCGGCAGAAAUAUGUGCGACACUUAAGGGGUUUCUCCACUUUGAGGCCAACUGUUAUGUUCCCUAACAUAAGGCGUGCUGAUGCAGAUAAAGAUCUUAAAUCUUUUGUGAAAUACCUAUUUAAUUAUGGAUUCUACAAAUUGGGCUUGGAGGCUUGUCUCAUGGCUACUGUUGGGCUGAUUGGAACACGUCUGGAUUUUUAUGCAGUUUUGUAUUCCUUCUGGCUGUGCCUCUUGUUUGCAAUGAGAAGAGAAACUGCAGCCAGAAUCUGGAUAUUCUAUCAAAUUUUUAUAGCUGUACUCUUACCUGUUCAGUAUGCGCUAGCAGUUGGUUUGCCACCUGGACUGUGCCUGUCAUAUCCGUGGUACAAUUCUGUGUUGCUGAGAAGAUUACAGGAUUGGAUGUUCCUCCCGGAUCCACUCCACAGCCCUCCAGCAUACAAACUUGUCUGUGAUUUUGUAUUAUUGAUGUUGGUAUGUCGCCAGAGUGUUGUUUUCCACAUUGAAAGGCAAAACACUGAUGUGGAAUUCCCUGGUGGUACCAACAAAGAUAUAACCACAGAAGUUGAAGACCCAAAUUUUGUAAAUCCAGUGCCUGAUCACAUUUCAUAUGUACGGUCCUGGUUGGAUAUAUUGAAACGAGGAGUCUUGCGUGGAUUCCUGUGGACAUCCUUAGCUGUUGUUUUCCUCACUGGCACAAAUAGGGUUAAUGUCUUCUCUCUUGGUUACUUGUGUGGUUCGUUCAUUUUCUUGUGGCAGGGAGAAGAUUUUUACUUAAGGCCAAUCAAGAUGGUGGUGAGAUGGUGGAAUACUUUGCUUGGCUAUAAUGUGGCUGUGAUAGUCAUCAAAGCUAUUCUUCAGAUACCUGGAUGCAUUUUUGCUGAAUAUUUUCAAACUAAUGCUUGCUGGGCUGUGCAGUUGUUCAGUAUAGGUUGUAUAAAAAGAUUUGGCAACUCUCUCGAGACCAGUGGCCUGACUGAUGCUCCAGAAUGUCAUGUGCCAAAAGAAGACAUUGGCAUUGCGUGGGAUGGUGUUUGCUUUGGAUUUCUCAUCUUGAUGAGACGGAUAUUUUGUAGCUAUUACUUUGUUCAUCUUGUCAAUGAAACAAAGGCAAUGACAGUCCUUGCUUCCAGAGGAGCAGAAUUAAUAGAAGAACUCAGACAGAAAAGGAUCCGUGAACAACAAGAACAGGAACAUCAGAUACUUGAGAAAAUAAAACGGAAGAUGGAGAGAAUCAAAGCAACUCAGCAAAAAGUUCAAGGAGCACUAAAGGAACCAACAAACCAUUUUGCAGAGGGUGAACUCGGGCGACAGCGCAGGCGUGCAUUGUCUAAACGUGCUGCAAUUCGCUCUGGCGACUAUUAUAUGUUUGAGGAAUUUGAUGAUGAGGACAUUCUAGAUGCAGAUAAAGAUGAAUCAGAUGAUUUUGAUCAUCAAUUUGAUACUGAUAAAAGGCGGGCUACUCUUGGAGAGAUAUUGUCAGCUGCAAUGAAAACUGAUGUUGAGCAAGCAGCUGACAUGGCUCUUAGUAUAAAACCUUCAGAGGAGAGUUCAUCAGCACUGCCAAGGAAGAAGUCAUCGUUCUUCAGUGCCCAGUCUCAUGUGUCACCUGACCAACCACCCACUGCUCAUCAGCCGGGACCCUCAGUACCAGAAGAGCAGCCUGAAUCGGAAGCCCCUGGGACGCAGAGAUCAGUGGAAGGGAAGGAUACAACUGAUGGACAAGAAGCAGCUCUAGGUGAAGAAAAAGAGAUGAAAACAGAGGGACUUGAUGAACACAGAUCAACUGCAUCUUCACGACGCAGCUCACAAACAUCCAAAAAACAAUCGCUAGGGCGUACUGUGUGGACAUACAUAAAAUUUGCUUGGGCAUUAAUAGAAGGUUCAAUGGAGACACUUGUUCGAUACUUGAACCGCUUCUCAAGGGACUACCGCUAUGUUAUCCGGGUGCUAGCCUUGGAAAAGAAAUUGUUGAAGGAAGAUCCUACUUUUGGCAAAGGAGUGCGCACUGGUGCAGGUAUGAUAUGGCAGCCCCUCCCAUCAGGUCAUGAACGGCAACGACCCAGGCUACCACAAUCAGAGUCUGAGGCUUCUGACAUACGUUACUUUUUGAGUAUCCAGUCUCCUCUAGGUCAAGAUCUUAGCACUACUGAAUCAAAAGCAAGGAGCUCACAGUGGAGGCUGCAAGGGGACUUGCUUGGGGUGCCAGAGAUUCGUGUCCUUGCUCCCAGUUUGGAGAGGGGCUUGGAUUCAGAGGGCGGCAGUGGGUUGGAACCACCAAGUGUGGAAGAAAUGGAUCAGCAAGAAUUGAGUCCUUCUGAUCAACCACCUAUUGUUCGGUUAUUCCUGGCACUUUGGUUUGCAAUAAUCUCACACUCAGAACUAGUUUGCUACUUUGUUGUCUUUUUGCAACAAGUGAAGUCACCUACAAUUCUUUCAUUGCCAUUGCCAUUAAUGGUCUUCUUGUGGGGAACACUGAGUGUCCCAAGGCCUACAAAAACAUUCUGGGUCACCUUGAUUGCAUACACCGAGGUAAUAGUUGUCCUCAAGUGUAUGUUCCAGUUUGAAUUGUUACCCUGGAACCAGCAAGCUGUGCCAGACAAUGCACCCUUUUUUCCUCCAAGAAUUCUAGGUAUUGAACGUAAAAGUCAUUAUGCAGUUUAUGACUUAUUGUUGUUGCUUGUGGCAUUUUUUCACAGAUUCAUGCUGAAGUCCCUUGGACUGUGGAAAAGUUCAUACCAAGAUACAGAAGAAUUUGUGAAAGGUGAAGAGGUUUAUGAACUUCUGGAAGAUGAAGAUUCACAGUCUGUUGAUCAAAGGAAGACUGCCUCAGAGAGAUCAGGUUCAACGGCAGAUGACAGAAGUAUUCAUUCACAAAUGAGGCCCAGAGAUGGUAUGGGAUCCUUCCGUAGGAGAAGAAGUACAAAUUAUGAUAUUAUGACAACAGGUGGUCGUAAGCUUGCAUUUUCAAGAGGAUUUCCAGAUGAAGUCAUUCCAAGAGAAGCAGGAAGCCGGAGAGCUACCCUUAUUGUUGUCAAAACGGAGGAUGCUGAGCCAUUUCAACAUAUUCCUCAAGUUAUGCUUGAAGCGGGCAAAAGAUAUGUGAAUGCUGUUCAGGAUUUCUUCCAUCAGCUUUUGCAUCCAAGCCUUCAAGUCACUGCUGAUGUUUAUGCAUACAUGUUCAUGUGUGAUUUCUUCAAUUUUAUAAUUGUCAUCAUGGGAUUUGCUUCAUUUGGGACCCAGCAGGGUGAUGGUGGUGUCUCAUCAUAUCUACAAGAAAACAAAGUACCUGUUCCGUUCCUAGUUAUGAUGAUACUUCAGUUUGCACUUAUAAUUAUUGAUCGGUCACUAUUCUUGCGGAAAUUUAUUCUUGGGAAGAUAAUUUUUCAGUUUUUCUUAGUUAUUGGAGUCCACAUAUGGAUGUUCUUUGUACUGCCUGCGGUCACAGAAAGGCCUUUUAAUGCUUCUCUGCCACCCCAGAUGUGGUACAUGGUGAAAUGCUUCUACUUACUAUUAUCUGCAUACCAAAUAAGGAGUGGUUAUCCAACCAGGAUAUUACGGAACUUCUUGUGCAAGAAAUAUAAUAUCAUCAAUCUCUGUCUCUUCAAGCUGUUUAUGGUUACACCAUUUCUUUUUGAGCUAAGAGCUCUCAUGGAUUGGGUAUGGACUGACACUUCGAUGACACUGUUUGACUGGCUCAAAAUGGAAGACAUAUUUGCAAAUAUAUUUGAACUGAAAUGUGGGAGAAGAAUGGAAUCAGAGUAUCCACAGCCAAGAGGACAAAAGAAGUCUCCUACUACCAAAUACCUGAUGGGUGGAGGAUUUCUAUUUCUUAUAAUAGCUAUUAUAUGGUUCCCACUAGUGUUCUUCGCACUUGGUAACACAGUGGGAGAACCUAGUGUUCCAUAUGAAUUUACCUUGGAGGUUAGAAUUGGAGCAUAUCAGCCAAUUUUUAAAAUGUCUGCUGGAAACUCUACUAUCCACAGGUUGCAAGAAAAAGAGUACAUGCAGAUUGUAAACAUAUACAAGAAAGAUCGUUCGGCUCAGACAUUUUUAUCAGCUUACAAUUACGAUGAUAUUGCAGUUGCUGUAUUAAACAGAAAUUCUACAAGUGUAUGGGGAAUUUCGCCUCCAGAUCAGCAGCGACUUAUUGAUGAAGUUUCAGAAGAGCGUGACAUUGUUAUAAAGUUACUGUGGACUGUGAAAAGAAACACAAAUGAUCCUUCAACAAGUGGAAUUAUCACUGACUCAAAGGAUUGGGUUAUUCAGGGGCGAGUAAAUAAUGUCAGAAAUCCAGAACUUGAUAAGUUGCUAAAGCUGCUGAAAGGAGACAAAGGAGAAAAUUAUGUUGUGUUGCAUGAUGUGCUUCCAAAAUUUUUAAAAGUUACAAAUAGGGAGACAGCUACGCCUGUGACGCAAUUUAUGUAUGGGAAUGAGGACGAGCGAUCAUACCGAACUGUUUUCAUGAAUCUCUACCAUGGACAGUUUACGGACCUUCAAAGCACGCAGCAAUGGUGGGAAAUGACAGAGAACUGCAGUGAUAUCAACCAUAAGCUAUAUCUCCAAUAUCUACCAUAUUCAGACUGUGACAGUCUUGUCAUUUAUACAUUCAAUGAUAAAGUGUUUCCAAGGACACUUUCAUUCCUUUCUGCAGGAGGAAUCAUCGGCUUAUAUACAACAAUGGUAUUGGUAGCCGGUAGAGUGAUUCGCGGCUUCAUCUCUGGAGCAUCCUAUAAGAUAAUGUUUACUGAACUUCCUAAUGUGGAUCGUGUUCUACAGCUAUGUCACGACAUAUACCUUGUGAGAGAAAGUGGUGAACUUGCCUUAGAAGAAGAUUUGUUUGCUAAGCUUGUCUUCCUCUACCGGUCACCAGAAACACUUAUCAAAUGGACCAGACCGAGAGAGGAAGGGGAACUUGAAGGCGAUGAAGCAGGAGAUGUUCGAUCAGCUGCUAUGCAGUAAUCAUAGUGCAGUGUUUAUUAAUUUGAAGAUAGGAUGCAUUGUGCUGUGUGUCCAUACAAUAUGAAACAGUUUCAUUUUGCUUUGAGAAAAAAGUGGAUUAUGGACAACAUUGCUGUUUCAGAAAAGAUCAGAUUACUUACUGAAGUAAUUUCCAGUUCCUCAAGUAUCAGUCUGUUACAUGACAAAGAAACAUCUUCAGGGAGUUUAUUCUUAUGUGAAACGUGGUUGACAUUAAUCCACAAGAUGUAGCUGUGCUGUUUUAAGCAUCUGUAUCAUAUUGCAAAAAAGGGAGCUGAACUCUACAAAUAAUCCAUAAAAAAUAAAAAGAUUGAAGUUUGACUUCCUCAGUGACAUUGGACAAUAUUCAGAUGAUGUGGCAUGUGUUGCUUGCAAGGCUGAAGUAUUUCAAAUACUAUUUUAUUUACAUUGCCUAAAUGAACAUAGUAAUGCUGUAUUUAUAUAUUCUUUAUAUUUAAUAUGAUACUGUUGGGUAGUGCUUUUUAACAUAAUUGUAAUGGAUACGAGUAUUUAGUGAACUUUUAUAUACUUUUAUAUGCUAGUGUGAACAUGAUCAUGUAACUGCUGAAUGAUAAAUGCUAUUUUGUGGAAUUUAGCACAUUACUUUACAAUACAGCCCUGUUUGUAUGAAUGAUUUAUACUAAUGAGAUUUGUAGUGGUUGUUUUGUAUGGUGCAGUGAAAAUGACUGGAGAUUGUGAUUAUAUUUCAUCCAGUGGCUUAUAUAUAAAACAAUUUUGUAUAUCUAUGUUUCAAUUAAUAAUGUUUAUUUUUAAUUACUGGCAUGCAAGAACUUCCACACAUCCACAAACUGUUGCAAAAAUAUGCUGUUCAUAUCCAAAUGAAUAAAAGAGCUUUUUUUACAUA